AGUCAAAACAAAGUGGGAGAUUCCAACUACCGCCACAGUAAAGGAGGCCCAGACAGAUGGUCGCUUGGCCAAAAGGGAAUCCUCAGACAUGUCUGACACGUAUUUUGAAAUUCUGCGACGGAGCUGCAGUUCAGGGAACUACAUCCCGUCAGGUCGGCAGCUUCCCAGGACGCCGCCCUUAACAAACGUAACAAGACAACUGGAUUUCACCAACCUUGAGGAACCAGAGCAGAACAUGGAGGAUGGUGUCAGAGAUAAAGACGAAGGUAACCAAAAAAGUCAGACAGAUACAGAAGAACUUCCAGAAUCUCAUGACCCUCACUCCAUGCUGAAAGGGAUGAAGGGUUACCAGCUCACUGCUGCUGACUUGGAAUUUUUAAAAAAGAUGAAAGAAGAGCAGCUUGUCAAAAAAAUGCAGGUUAAACUAGAAGAAGUGCAGAAGCUGUUAAAAACGGAAAUGGUGGCCUUAGAGUUGGCAUGUGCUUCCAAGAUGAAAGCAGAGGCUGAGCUCAAGAGGUUCCCAUCUUGUAUAGAGGUCACUGAGUGGGCAAAGGUGGUCCUCAGAAUGGCAUGCCCACAGGCUGACUUGACUAACGCGGAUGCCAAAUCUCUCCUAUCCAUGAUGAAAAUAAGAGACAUCCAGGACGCCAUGGAUAAGAAGAGGGUCGAGUUGUAUCAAAUAGAGAAGAUGGUGGCAAACAAGAGGAAGGAGGAGGCUGAAGAGAGAGGACAGAUGGAAAGGCAAAUUGCCAAUAAACAGCUGAGGAUACAAGGUUUGAUGAGGCAGUUGUCUGAUUUGAAAGCUGAACUUGCACAGCGAGAGGAGGCCUGCACGUCUCUGGAAAUGCAGGUGAACAUCACGGAAGCACCAGAAAUCAAAGAAGAUUUAGAUGCCAUUAAAAGCCAAAUGAAGCUGCCAAGAAAGAGACAAAAGAAAGCUGUUAAAUCUACUGAAAUGUUGCAAGACGCAAAAAACACAAGUAAAUCAACAAGGAGUAGAAACAGGGACACUCUGAAAACCUCAGCCGAAGAGCCAACCCGGUCUGGAGCUCCAGGAGAGCAACAGAAAAAGAAGGUUAAAGCAAGCAGAGGGGAAAAUGAGGAAGCUGAAGGGCAGGACUUAAAUUCCCGAGAGUCAGUACAACCUGUGAGAGGACGAAGAAAGCCUGCUGGAACUGCUCAGACCACAGUUUCCCAACAGAAAAGUCAAAGUAAAGUGAAAACUGGAGAACCUGAGGUGCCCUCUCGUGGCAGGAGAGCUGCUGCCACCACUGCAGAUAAUGCUGGAGAGGAGGCACAAAACGAAGGUCUGAGACGAUCCAAGAGGAUCGCCAGCAAGAAGUGAGGAGGUGCACAUUUUUAGCCUUAUCAAAUUAUCAUUAUAACCUAAUUACAAACACUUUUAUUUCAAAGUUCAAAAAUGUAUUGUUUUAUCAGUUUGUCAUUUUAAUCAUAAAUUUGCUUUUUUCCUAUUAAAAAAUAAAGUGGAACUUU